AUGAAGGUCCUCGCCGUGCUGGCGCUCGUCGCCGCCGCCGCGCCGUUCCUCCGCGCCGCCGGCCAGAGCGAGGAGGGGGCAGGGCCGCUGCCGUUCGCGGUGGGCGCGGCGCCGGCGGGCUGCGACGUCGCCCAGGGCGAGUGGGUGCGCGACGACGACGCCCGCCCGUUGUACCAGGAGUGGGAGUGCCCCUACAUCCAGCCGCAGCUGACGUGCCAAGCGCACGGCCGCCCCGACAAGGCGUACCAGAGCUGGCGCUGGCAGCCGCGCGGCUGCUCCCUGCCCAGGACGCGAAUAAUGCGCGGCAGGGCCGGGGCCGUGCUUCAACGCGACGCUGAUGCUGGAGAUGCUGCGGGGAAGCGGAUGCUGUUCGUGGGCGAUUCGCUGAACCGGGGCCAGUACGUCUCCCUGCUGUGCCUCCUGCACCGUGCCAUCCCCGACGGCGCCAAGUCGUUCGAGACGGUGGACUCGCUGAGCAUCUUCAGGGCCAGGGACUACGACGCCACCAUCGAGUUCUACUGGGCGCCCAUGCUGGCCGAGUCCAACUCCGACGACGCCGUGGUGCACUCCGCCGACGACCGCCUCAUCCGCGGCGCGCCCAUGGACAGGCACUCCAGCUUCUGGAAGGGCGCCGACGUCCUCGUCUUCAACUCCUACCUCUGGUGGGUCGCCGGGGACAAGACCCAGAUCCUGAGGGGCGCCGACAAUGAUCCGAGCAAGGACAUCGUGGAGAUGAAAUCGGAGGAGGCCUACCGGCUGGUGCUGUAUCAGGUGGUCCGGUGGCUGGAGCGCAACGUGGACGCCAAGAAGUCGCGGGUGUUCUUCGUCACCGCGUCGCCAACGCACACAGAGGGCAAGGCGUGGGGCGACAAGGCGGAGGGCGCCAACUGCUACGGCCAGACGUCGCCGAUCAGCGACGCCUCGUACCGGGGCAGCACGAGCCGGGAGAUGAUGCGGGUGACGGAGGAGGUGCUGGCCACGUCGCGGGUGCCCGUCGGGCUGGUCAACAUCACGCGGCUGUCGGAGUACCGCCGGGAUGCGCACACGCAGACCUACAAGAAGCAGUGGGUGGAGCCGACGGCCGAGCAGCGCGCCGAUCCCAGGAGCUACGCCGACUGCACGCACUGGUGCCUCCCCGGCGUGCCGGACACGUGGAACGAGCUGCUCUACUGGAAACUCUUCUUCCCCAGCAACGAUCAGUUCCUCUGA